UGGAAAACAUCACGUCAUAUGCAAUACACAAUUUCGUCCAUGAAAAUUUCGACAAAACCGGAUAUAAGAUGAAGUUCGUUGUAUUUUGAGAAUAGUUUUAGUAAACAAUGGCACUGAUACCGAAGAUAGUUUCGUGCUGCACUCUGUUUAUAGUAACAUUUUUCUUCGGAGUACUGUCAUGUGGAAUUGUUCGGUUAAUGAAAAGGCGAAUGCCAAAUUCUAGAUCACAUCAGAAGUACAUAGGCUGGAUGAACUGUUUUGCCGGUGGGGUAUUCUUUGGAACUACUUUCCUUCAUUUGAUGCCAGAAUCGAUAGCGGAGAUAAAGUUAGGAAUAGAUAUGAAAUACCCAAUUGCUGAAAUUUUGAUAUCUGCCGGAUUUUUUCUCGUUUUAUUGUUAGAACAUUUAUUUGGAUUAUGUUUCACAUUUUGCAAUGGUACAUCUUUGUUGGAAGACAAAAAUAAACUAUUCAAUGAGGGCAAACUGAAAGAGAAUGAAUAUGAAAUAAGUGAACUAAAAACUUCGCCGAAACCUAAUACUCCAGCCAGAAAUCCUGAACAACUUCCUAUCAAUGGACAUUUAAGUCAAACAAAUUGUGCUUAUUCUUCAAAUGAUAGUGAGACGUUUUCUGUUGCAGAGUUAACAAGCAGUAUUUCAGAUAUGAACACUCAUGGUGUCUACAUAAAAUCUGUAGAUCAACCGCAAAUAACUGAAUCUACUGAAGUCAUUGAUGAUGGCCGUGUUUCAAGUUUUACUGGAAGAAGUUUUAGUGAACACGAAUACGAAGACAUUGAUGGGACCGAAAACGGUUCUGAAGAGGGUAAAGUGUCCGUCUUUCGAAUCACAGUAUUAAUUAUUGCCCUUUCUCUUCAUAUGGUAUUUGAAGGUCUUGCUUUGGGCCUUCAGGACACCGUUCCAGCAGUAUGGACUCUACUGAUUGUUAUCUCCGUUCACAAAUGUAUUAUGGCAGCAAGCGUCGGUCUCCAACUCAAUGAUGUCAUGAAAAAAAUGAAGCAAAUUAUGUUAUGUUUGUUUUUCUUCUCGUUGGUUACUCCACUUGGUAUUGUAAUUGGAGUUCUGGUAAACGAUUUAUCGUCAACAGAAAAUAUUGUUUCUGUAAUUUUAGAAUGUAUUGCUACAGGAUCGUUUUUAUAUGUGACAUUUUUUGAAAUUCUUCAACGAGAAUUCAACGAACAUCACAACAUGAUCAAAGUAUUGAUUACUUUUCUUGGGUUUUGUGUAUCAGCUGGAGCUAAACUAUUGGAGACAUAUUUCCAUAAGGAUUAAACAAAAAUGUAUUGUAAAGAAUAUUUUUAUUGUUGGGAAAAAACUGUAAAACACGCAAAACAAUCCAUCAAAAUCGGGGAUUACUAGGUCCAAUGUAAAUAUUAAAGUUAUAAAUAAUACCUUACUUAUUCACAGUAUUAAGAAACAGGCAGCAAAUUGUUAUUUAUAAUGCAUAACAUUACAUCUGUCCAAAUCAAUGUUAAAUGUUGACGUUUGUUUCAACCAUUCAGUCUUUGUCACAGUGGUAAAUGAUUUGAACCAAUUUGAAAUGUUAA